GUAAAAAAACUAAAUAAAAAUCCUUAAUCCCAUUCUUACAAACUAGGGCUCAUUUUAUUCGUGUUUCUAGCCUAUAUUCAAUUAUAUUGUCUAUUUUGAUACACAGGUGGUUUGAAAACUUUCGUCACAUACCUAGAGAGUUAUAGACAGUCAUAGUUAAAUGAAUAUCAUCAAGUUGAUGACGUCCAUUAUUGAGUUUACACAUAUCCACUGCAAAAAAAAUUGUAAUGUAAAACACUGACGAUGUUACAUUAAUACGAUAUGUCACAAAAGCGGUGUGACACAUAAGAAGCUAAUUCUAAGGUAAGUUCGACGUUGACGCACCAAGCCAAGAGGCUAAUUAGCAACGUCAUUAACGUAAUGUUCCAAGUCAAAGCUAACGUAGCUAACUAGCUAGCUAAGGCUAAAUAGUAAUUAGCUUAAUAACUUAAUAACAGUAAUUAACUUUUAUGUAACUUAUCAAAUUCAUGUUGAGGUGACACAUUGUGAAUAUAUUCAUACAGUCAAAAAUAUUAGUAUAAAAUGGUGACAUCAUUAACUAGCCAGCUAAGAAGCUAAUUAUCAAUGCUUCUUAUUGUUCUAAUAAAUGUAAUAGCGUCAAAUUUAUGGCACAUGUUUAAGACUUGAUACAGUGUGAAUCUUAAAACUAUAUUCAGACAGCUAAAAAUAAUGACAAAUUCUGACAUUGAUGACAUAAAAUGCUAAGCUAACGUAGCAAACUAGCCAACGACGAGGCUAAUUAGUGACGCUAGUCAUAGUUCAUUUUAUUUCAAUGGUGUAAGUGCUUUGAAAUAUUUCGAAACUGUACACAAAUGUUUCGAAGUUUGAAGUCGAACUCGGCUCCCCACCACCAUCAUCACCACCACCACCACCGAGGACCCUCCCCGCCAGCCGGCCGGCCACGCCCGCCUCCCCCGCACUGACCUCCCGCUUGCCUCCGGGCGUGCUGACGGGCGGCGGGGAGCUCCUCCAUUAGCGGACUUCCGUCGCUCGCUUCUUGUGUCAGUCAUGGGCUUCUUCGGGGGAUCCGGCCCGGCGGCUCUGUUGCUGGCUGUGUGGCUAUGCGGGCUGUGUUGCGGCCGCUGCUGGGCACGCUCGGACGCUCCUCGCGGGGUGGCGCCGGGCUUCGUUUUUGACCCGAAAGCGACGUGCGAGCCGCCUUGCCAGCACGCCGGAGUGUGCAUCCGCAACGACACUUGUCUGUGCGGCCGCGGUUACGAGGGAGAAAACUGCCAGUAUGCCAACUGCUAUCCCAAAUGUAAGAACGGAGGCGUGUGUCUUCGUCCCGGAAAAUGCAGAUGUCCGGCUGGGUUUGGAGGCAGAUAUUGUCACAAAGUGACGUGCGACGGCGGCUGCUGGAAUGGAGGCGAAUGUAACGCUGUCAACGGAGUGGCCAAGUGCAUCUGUCCCUCCAGCUGGACGGGCUCCAAAUGCCAAGAGGCCAUUUGCCCCCAAGGUUGCAGAAACGGGGGCCUCUGCAUGGCCCCUGGAAUCUGCAGCUGUCCUGACGGCUGGCUGGGAGGCGCCUGCCACAUUGCCGAGUGCACUCUGCCGUGCCUGAACGGAGGAAAAUGUAUUUCCCCCAACAAAUGCCGCUGCCGUCCCUCCUUCUUGGGCACUCGCUGUGAGGAAAGGAAGAGGCGCCAUUAGGGCCCAAUAGUCCACUUUAUUUACUUAUCGUUUAUUCUCAUUUUUACUGUACCGAGACUGCUUUGUGUUUCUGUGCAUGUACUGUACUUUGCGUCAUUAAAUGGAAUCAACUGUGUAAACUGCA